AUGCAGUAUCAAUUCUCGGGGCCCAUAAUCCUCACCUUUUUGAAGUUAUGUGCAACUACUCUUGCGGUAAACCUCGUGGUUUCGAGCGAGUAUGGGAAUAAAACGAGUCCAAUCAUGUAUGGCCUGAUGUUUGAGGAUAUCAAUCACUCUGGCGAUGGCGGUCUCUACGCUGAACUAAUCCGCAAUCGUGCCUUCCAAGGCUCUGGUAGUACCACAAAUCCAACCCUUGCCGCCUAUCGCGCUGUCGGCGAUGCCGUCAUCUCCAUUGAUACCGCCAACCCGCUCUCCCCCGCGCUGAAAAAUGUAAUGAAGGUCACCCCAAUCUCAUCAGACGCUACCCAAGUGGGUUUUCUCAAUGAAGGAUUCUGGGGAAUCAAUGUGAAGGAUCAAGAGUACACCGGAAGUUUCUACGUCAAGGGACAAUAUAACGGAGACUUCACAGUUUCACUCAAAUCGAACCUUACGAGCAAGGUAUAUGCACAGAAGAAGGUCAGGUCCACGUCGAAACCGGAUGCAUGGACUAAACAUGAGUUUGUGCUUCACCCAGAAGCCGCACCAAACGUGAACAAUACGUUGCAGAUCACAUUCAACGCUAAAGGUUCGGAGGAGGGGCUGUGGUUUAGUAUGAUUAGUCUGUUCCCACCAACAUACCAUGGAAGGAAGAAUGGGCUAAGGAAGGACUUGGCGGAGAACUUGGAGCAGUUCAAACCAACCUUUCUGAGAUUCCCAGUGAGGGAGACGAACCUCCAUACCACUGGAAAUGGAAUGAAACAAUUGUGGUGCGAUGAUAUGAAUCUGGAACCAAUACUUGACGUCUGGGCUGGCUAUUACCUCUCAGGACCUAUAAUCCCCCAAGACGAGCUAGAAUUUUACGUCCAAGACGUCCUCAACGAGCUUGAAUUUCUCAUGGGCUCCAUCGAUACCCCCUACGGUUCCCUCCGUGCCCAACUCGGCCACCCUAAACCCUGGGUCAUCAACUAUGUCGAAGUUGGCAAUGAGGACGAUAUCGGCGGGGGUGCAUCAUACAGUGCCUACCGCUUCCCAAUGUUCCGCGACGCCAUCAAAGCUGCAUACCCGCAUAUGACGAUCAUUGGCUCCACCCCUAAAAUCGACCCUAUACCAGAUGGUGCAUGGUUAGAUUAUCAUAGAUAUACAAGGCCGGAUGACUUUGUGUCGCUUUUUGGCAUGUUCGAUAAUUGGAAUAGAAGUCAUCCGGUAUUUGUGGGCGAGUACGCAUAUAUUCAACCUAAUAAACCAGGCGGCGGGGGCCCGGAAUGGGGUGGGGCGUGGAGGUCCCCAUAUACGACGUUGAUAGGGAUGAUCUCAGAGGCAGUGUUUGCAAUUGGGAUGGAGAGGAAUGCGGAUUUGGUUAGAGCGGCGGCGUAUGCGCCUAUAUUACAGAACUUGAAUAGUUAUCAGUGGAGCCCUGACUUGAUCUCCUUCACAGCCGACCCAGGAGAGACUGCGCUUUCAAUCAGUUAUUACCUCCAAAAACUCUUCUCGACCCAUCAUGGAACUACCGUACUUCCGGUCACCUCAGAUGCCAAAUUCGGACCACUGUACUGGUCUGCAUCCAGCACCGACGGUGGUCGAUACUACCUCAAAAUUGCCAACUACAACGGUACUACAACUACUGUAACUUUCGAAGUCCCUGAUGACAACGUUAUCAAGGGUAAGCUUACAACUUUGAAUGCACCUUCUCCAUUCUCUGAGAAUAGCCCAAAGAAUGAGACAAGUAUAUGGACGGAAAAGGAGGUUACUAAGGGCGCAGAUGGGAAGUUCGCGUUUGAGUUGCCGGAUUUGACGGUCGCUGUUUUGGCGGUGAAUUGA